GCCGACGGCUCGUUGCAGCCGCGCUGCUUUCUGUCCUGGGCCCUGGGCGCCAUGGUGCUCUCGGGUUUGCAUUAUGUUGAGCUCGUGCUCCUGGCAGCCGCCGGCAUUUGCGGGACCGUGACGGCCGCGUCGAUGGCCUGGAUCCAGGUCUUCUUCAGGGGCAGCUGUCCCCUGUAUGGAGGGAUAGCUGUCAUGAAUGGCCCCUCCCUGGCUUUAUCCUGUCCCUCAGCUUCAUCCCUUUGCUACUUUGUGACUGGGACUAAUGGCUUCCUGGCCCUCUACUGCCUCCUGCUUCUGAUCAUCUGCAGCUGCAUCAAGAAGUCCCACAGUGAUCCAAUACAGGUCUACACUGGAUUGACCAUCUCAGCGAUUGCAGUCUUCCUGGUCUUAGUGGCUGCCUGUGUCCUUCGAUAUGGCACCAGUUAUCUCUGUGACUCCAUCGUCUCCCUGAUCCAUGCAAAUAGCUGUUCUGAAGCCCAGAAAAUUCCAUGGACACCCUCUGGAAUGACUCUGCAGUUUUACUCCAACCUCCAUAAUGCCGAAGUGAGACCCAGAUAUCUCUUCUUGGGUGAAUCUGGUAUUGUGGUGUGUGGUCCUUGUGCUCCAGAUCAUGCAGUGUGGUCUCAAAUCCAUGGAAUACCAGCCUUUGGAACCUCUGGAGACAAAUUUUCAAUCCAGCUGACCUGUGAAGCCCACCUAUGGAGGAGCCCGCCGGUGGAGCUGGAUAUGAGACUUUGAAGAGGAUUGGUGCUAAAUGGACCGAGCCACACCUUUGAAUUUCUGGUCACCCGAGUGCUUUCUGCAGCCAGACUCUACCGCCCAAGUGCCUGAAAUCCUCGUUUGUGCCAAGAGCCUCCAUUUUUCCCUCAGAAGGGAAACAUGACAUUCUCCCUUCUAAUAGCUGUCUUGUAAUAAAAUAUUACAUUGCCUACUUCAUCCUGAUACUCAUAUUGGUACUAAGGCAAAUAAGAUGGAAAGAAUGCAGGCGUUAAAAAGGCAUGCAGGGACC